AGUCAUUACGAAAAAAUCACGAGAGUAAGAAUUAAAAUUGAAUUACAUUAAUAAAGUUGAGGACUAAUUCUAUUAUUCGAAAUAGCUUUUCCUCCAACUACACCAAUAUUUUAUUGUAUGUCUAGCUAUUAUGGUCAAGUGAGAGAAGACGGUCGUAUAUGUUACAGCGUAUAAGUUGUAUACUGCAAAAAUUCUUGUCCCUACCUAGAAAAUGUUGUCAAUUUGUCAUGGAAAAGUCUUUGUUAGUGAAUUACGAGGAAGAAUCCCAACUCUUGAAAAAAUUAAGCAUAUAUUUAAUGAGCGGAAAAGCUAUUGAAGCAACUGUCCUGGUAUCCUUCCAAUAGAUCAGGAAACACCUACAAAUUAAAAUACAAUGAUGGUAAUUUCCUAUUUGUUAAAAUUACUGAUAAUUUGGAAAUUUAGGUUGGUUAUGUCAUCGGAAAACAUGAUACAACACCAAACAAUAAUAGCACCAACACCAACACCAACACCAACACCAAUACCAACACCUACACCAACGAACGAGGGCGUUGUAUUGAGAAUGGCAGUUCCAGUGAGUCCCUUUAAAGAGUUUAUUAAUAUUAGCUACAAUAGAAGCUCCGGAGAAAAGUAUUUGGAUGGCUUUACAAUUCAAGUCUUUCGUGAAAUAAUAAAAGGUUUAAUCAACCCUCCAACUUUUGAUCUUGUUCCUUAUGCUAGAAAAGAUGGAACUAUUAAUGUAAGCUAUGAUUCCAUGGCUCAAGCAGUUGCUAAUAAGGAAUAUGAUGGAAUAGUGGGAGAUUUGACCAUAAGAUAUGAUCGGACACAGUGGGUUGAUUUUACACUACCAUACACAGAAACGGGUGUAACGAUGAUGAUAUCAACAAAGCAAGAAGUAAGGAAAAGCAGUGGAAUCAGAGUAAUACCUCUAAUCAAGGCUUUGGUUUACACUGUAUUUGGUGUUUGUUUUAUGACUGCCAUCAUCUUUUGGUUGAUUGAAUUUCGAAAUGAUAAGAAUAGACACUACUCCCACACUUCUUUAGGUUCCAAUCCUAAUCAUCCAGUUGGAUAUCGUGUCAAUCAGGACGAAUAUUGGAGAAGGGAAACAAUGCGAGCGAUAACACAAACGAGGCUAGUGGUGGUAGUGUGCUUUCUAGUAUUAGUGUUCAUAACAUCAUGUUAUGCGGCAAGCUUCACAUCAUUACUGACGACUCAGCGACCAAACACACCGAUAAAAACACUAGAUGAUCUUAUAAGACAGAGACAAAAUGUAGGAUUCAUGGAAGGAUCAUUCAUCCAACGGCUGCUGAUAGAGAAAGGUUUUUCAGUAAAUCAGAUACGUUCAUAUUCUUCAGAAGUAGAAAUGGUGGAUAUGUUGUCUAAAGGGAAUGGAGCAGGAGGAGUUGUAGCUGUUAUUGAUGAAAGUCCAUAUCUUAAACUCUUUAUAUCCAAGAAUUGCAAUAAGGGUUAUGCUCUUGUCCCUUCUUUCAAUCUUCCUUCCGAAGGAAUUGGCUUUGCAUUUCGAAAGGGAUCAAAAUGGCAAAGUGCUAUAUCAAACGGGAUACUAAAAUUGAUGGACGCAGGUACAUUGUUAAAUAUUCAGAGAAAAACCAUAGGUGAUCUGGAAACAUGUCAAUCGGCGUCAAAUUAUGAUGAUGUUGUUGAUCCAAAUGUGUUGGAUUUGGAUACAUUGUGGAUCAUGAUUGCCGGAGCCAUUGGAGUAACCAUUUUGGUCAUCAUUUUGUACAUUAUCUACUUUGGAACUACUUUUGAUACUAUUCGGAGAAGAAUAGCUUAUCCAUGCUACUUUUUUCCUUAUGACCAAGAAAGAAAGAAUUAGCUUCAUUCUACUAACUAAUAUAGUUUUUUGUUUACUAUGUUACUACAUUAGACUUCUUAUUCACUAUUAUUUUCCUAUUUGAUUUUUGUAUAUUUGUCAAUACCUAUAUUUAAUCUUAAUUGUAUCUCUAUAAUUAUUUAUAAUUAAAUGUUAU